CUUUGUCUUCAGGGAAAUGGUUGCUUACAUUGCAAAUACAUUAAUUUUCAUUUUAAGUGGUGUUAUUAUAGCUAAAGGUUUUCUUCUGGAUGGCAAGACUUUUGUGAACCAUGAAUUCCAGCAUGAGCUUAACAACUAUCAGUUCAGAAACAGGAAGCCUAUUUGUUUUCUUCACUGGUGGAAUUGUAUUCUUGACGCUCAUUAUUAAUGGAUCAACUACACAAUUUAUUUUACAUUUUCUGGGUAUGGAUAAGCUUUCAGCAACCAAGAGACGUAUAGUGGACUAUACAAAGUAUGAAAUGUUGGAUAAAGCAUUAGAGGCUUUUGAAAAACUUGUAGAUGAUGAGGAACUUGGACCUGCUGACUGGCCUACUGUAAAGAAAUAUAUUGCAAGCUUAAAUAAUCUUGAGGGUGUCCAAGCAGCUUACUGGGGGAUGCUAGAUGAAGGGAGAAUUACACAGACUACUGCAAAUAUUUUGAUGCAAUCAGUGGAUGAAGCAAUUGAUGUAGCUUCUCGUGAGCCUUUAUGCGAUUGGAAAGGUUUAAAAGCUAUUGUCAACUUCCCAAAUUAUUACAGGUUCCUUCAAACAAGAAUGUUCCCACAAAAAUUGGUUACAUAUUUCACUGUGGAAAGACUGGAAUCUGCCUGUUACAUUUGUGCUGCAUUUCUUCGUGCCCAUAGAAUUGCACAAAGGCAACUUCAUGACUUUUUAGGUGACAGUAACAUUGCUUGUAUGGUCAUUAAUGAAAGUGUGGCAGAAGGAGGAGAGGCAAGAAAGUUCUUGGAAGAUGUUCGUCUAACAUUUCCUCAGGUUUUGCAUGUUGUUAAGACAAGACAAGUAGCAUAUUCAGUGCUGAACCAUCUGCUUGACUAUGUUCAAAACCUUGAAAAAGUUGGAUUAUUGGAAGAGAAGGAGAUGCUUCAUCUUCAUGAUGCUGUCCAGACUGACUUAAAAAAGCUUUUAAGGAAUCCUCCUUUAGUAAAGAUUCCAAAAGCUGUUCAUCCUUUCCUGGGGGCCCUUCCCCCUGCUCUGUGUGAACAACUUGAAGGUUCCCAAAAAGAAAUAACGAAAACUCGUGGUGUGACUCUUUACAAGGAAGACUCCAACCCAAAUGGUAUCUGGCUUAUUGCUAAUGGGAUUGUUAAGUGGACAAGUAAGAGCAUAAAGAACAAGCACUCCCUCCACCCAACCUUUACUCAUGGAAGUACUUUGGGCCUUUAUGAAGUGCUAACUGGAAAACAACACUACAUCUGUGACAUGAUAACGGAUUCUAUGGUUCUCUGCUUUUUCCUUGAAAGUGACAAAAUACGGUUUCUAAGAUCACAUCCUGAAGUAGAAGAUUUCCUGUGGCAGGAAAGUGCCAUUGUUCUUGCUAAACUUUUGCUUCCUCAAGUAUUUGAGAAAAUGGCAAUGCAGGACUUACGAGCACUUGUUACAGAAAGGUCAGUAAUGAAGACAUACAUAAGCAGAGAAAGUAUGGAAGUACCUCCCCAAUAUGUUGGCUUCUUGUUGGAAGGAUUCGUAAAACCUCACGGUGUGCAAGAAGAGUUGAUUGCAUCACCAGCAGUUCUUUUGCCUUUGCAACAAAAUCAAAGCUCCCACAGUGUAGAUACAUCAGGUGCCAAGGCAGCCAGUUUUUCUUAUCAGGGAUCUUGGUACCGAGUUGAAUCAAGAGCAAGAAUAAUCCUCUUUGAUACUGCAUCAUUUGUAGUUGAUAAUGCACUUUCAAGAAGGUCAUCCCAAUUGUCUGCAACUGAUUCUAGGCAUAGAUCUCUACGUAGAGAACAUGGUGGUCUUAUGAGUUGGCCUGAACAUUUCUAUAAGGUGCCGCACCCAGAGCAGGACCAUGGAGGCCCUGGAGGUACCAGUCAACAAGCUAAAAGCUUAUCUGCCAUAGCAAUGCGGCUAAGCAUCUUUGGUAGCACGGUUGAAUCGAAACCACGUGGUCGAAGUUUUACAAGGGUCAGACCGGAGACAUCAUCUAGCCUGUCAUAUCCAAGAAUUCCUUUAUCCCCUGACCGCCCCCUUAUUUCUGUGAGAUCAAAGGGAGCAGCUACUUUAAGGAAAAAUCUUGUGAGAAAUUUGGCAGGACAGGAUCCUGCACCACCAAUGCUGAGUAGAGAAGAUAAAGAGGGUCAGAUAACCAACGACUCUAGUGACGAGUCUGGUGAUGAAAAUGAGCAUGUAAUAAGAAUUGAUUCGCCAAGCACACUGUCUUACCGCCAUGCUUCUUGAAGGUUCGUUGCCAUCCUUGACACGAUUGUAAAUUUGCUCCCUGUAUUUUUGCAGAACUUGAUAUAGGCUUUCAUUAGACAACGUUGUCCGAUGCUGUCCUAUAGAUGUAACUAUUAGAAAUAUUGUAUUAUACUACCAUGAAAAGUAUUUUAGUAUUUAAUAAUUAUAUUUUAAAAGA